ACCGCGCGGCGCUCCCGGACCCGGCGGACUGAGCAGUGGCGGUGGCCGCCGGAGCCCGGGAGGUGGAGGCGGGCGGAGGGAGGCGGCGGCGGCGGCGGCGGCGGUGGCGCGCAGGGACGCAGCAGCGGCAGCAUGUCGGCCGGCGGAGGGUCAGUCCUGCCGCCUCCGAACCCCGCCGUGUCCUUCCCGGCGCCCCGGGUCACCCUACCCGUCGGCCCCGACAUCCUGCGAACCUACUCGGGCGCCUUCGUCUGCCUGGAGAUUCUGUUUGGGGGACUCGUCUGGAUUUUGGUCGCCUCCUCCAACGUCCCUCUACCCCUUCUCCAAGGAUGGGUCAUGUUCGUGUCCGUGACGGCUUUCGUCCUUUCCCUCCUCUUCCUGGGCGUGUUCCUCUCUGGCAUGGUGACUCAGAUCAAUGUCAACUGGAACUUCCUGGAUUUCGCUUACCAUUUUACAGUGUUCGUCUUCUACUUUGGAGCCUUUUUACUAGAAGCAGCGGCCACAUCCCUGCACGAUCUUCACUGCAAUACGACCAUGACUGUGAAGCCGCUCUUGAGUGAUAACCAGUAUAACAUAAACGUAGCAGCUACAAUUUUUGCCUUUGUGACGACAGCUUGUUAUGGUUGCAGUUUGGGUCUGGCUUUACGAAGAUGGCGACCGUAGCACUCCUUAGAAACUGUGUGUUAGUUUCAUUUGUCUAUUUAAUAUGUCUGAUCAAUUUGGGUACCAUUUUAUCCAGAUAUGACAACAUUCCAAAAGUAACUUAUUAUAUGGAGAAUCUAAGUAUGAGUUUUGGGUUAUUUCAUGGAUAGAAUUUGAAUUUUAUUAUGAUGUUAAACAGAGAAAUGGCCUUUAAUUUUACAUCUGUCUUUUUUCCUUUUCCUUUUUUAAAGAAAAUUUCCUUUUAUUUCCAUAAAAAAAACCUAGCUAUUGUUUAUGAAAAAGGUGUAUUUCUUUUGUUUAGUCGCUAAGUCAUGUGAACCUUAAGUUUAAGAGGUAAAUAAAACUCCCUAAAAAUCACAUCUCGAAUAGGCUUCCUACUGAACUCUAUCUUUUAGUGUAAAACAGAGACUGGUACCCUUUUUCUAUAAAGGCCCAAAUGGUAAAUAUUCUAGGCUUUGUAGCCCAUACAGUCUCUGUCACAACUACUCAACUCUGUUGUUACUACAUGAAAGCAGCCAAAGACAAUAUGUACAUGAAUGAGUGUGGCUGUGUUCUAAUAAAACUUUAUUUACAAAAACAGGAAGCAGCUGCAUUUGGCCUGUGGGUUGCAGGCUAUAGUUUGCAGACCUCUGGUGUAAAACCUUAUGUUAUAUGUUCUGUGUUUUACUGAACUGAUCUUGAAUGAUAUAAAGCUAGUUAGACAAGCCACGUAAUAUUUAGUCUCCUUAUGCAAUAAUCACAUCACCUUUGUGUUAAUGGUCAAAUACUUAUUUGAAGGGGCAUAUAGUUUCUCAAGCUAAUUCAAGCAGAAUCUUGAUAUAGGAAAAAGUAAUUUAUGAAAUGAACCCGAGUUGCUUAAUCCAACUUAGGGUCUCCUAACAACUGAGCAAAAUGCUCAUCUGGCAUCCUUAAAAUGAGAUCUCCAGAGAUCAUAAACCACUACUGGAACUGGUAUCUAACUACUUUUGUCCUACUUUGCAUUAAUUUAUGCUUCAAAAUACAGCUGUUUGCCCUGUGCAUGAAUAUACAAAUACUUGUGUGUGGCUAUGUUAGGCUUUACCAAAUAGUGCUUUGAAGAGAUAAGUUUUUACUUCUAAUUAUUUUACAUAAUUUGAAUAGGGUAUUAAAUAUAACAUAAAGUUGUAGAUUCCUACAUGUUUUGAUAAUAGCCCUGAGAUCUAUAUUGUUUCUGCACUGGUAGCAGAUAUAUAAAAUCAGUUUUAAAACAGCAGCCAUCACAAAAACUGUCUGGCUGAAUAGCCCACAAAAGUAUUUCAACCCACCUAUAGAGACCGUGGUUGUGGAAAGGUGCCAAAAUGACUUCAACGGAAGAACAAGUUAGUUAAGCCCCAGCUGCCACCACACUAUCCAAGCAAGGUACUUCCUAAUGUCUUGUCCCAAGAGAACUACUUCUGGGAAAGGAGGGCUUUUGAUUGUCCGGUACUUUCAGCCCUUUGCUUGUUUGACUGAAUCAUCCCCUCAGAGUGCUAUGUGUAAGUUGGGCUAUUAGAUGUCAUGGAACAUAGAACAAUCCUGAAUGAGUAGCAGGAUCAAUGCUCGGUGGUCAAAUGCUGUCUAUGUAAUAAUCCCUUAGAAAGAAGGACCUUAAAAGAGUCUGGCUUGUGAUGUAAAUAUAAAGAUAGAAGACGUGUUUCAAUAUGUGGCAAGAGGAUAUCAGUCUUACGACCUUGUAAUCAUGCUGUAUUUUUUUCUGUAAUAUCUGACUUCCUUAUUUGUUUUUUUUCCUCCAUACCGUAACACACUGAAACCUGUAUUAUGAAUUGUAUAUUACUAAGUCAUAAAUGUGCCAUAAGGAUAUAUAGCCCAUUCUAGUUGGAAUCGUUUAAAGUUAAUCUGGUAGAUUUAGUUGUGGGAUUUUAUUUUUGUUCCGAAGGUUUAACAGGUCCUUGCUUGGUGGCAUUAAAUUAAAUGAUUUCAUGAAACUUUUAUAAAUGGAUUGCUUCUAGAUCAUUAAGAACCAAGCCUAAAACUCAUCUAACUGUGAAGACUUAGAUUUGUAGAUUAACCGCGUUUUAGAUUUGUGAGUUGAGUGACAAAGCACUUGAACAAAAAUUAUUGGCAUUUGAGAAUUUCUUUAUAUAACUUAGCUGUAAAAAUGAGAAAGUGUUGGUUGGUUUUAAAAUCUGGUAACUCCAUAAUAAAAAGAAAUUUAUUUUAUAAGUGUUAUGACUCUAAUAAAGUAUUCAUUUGAUAA